AAUUAAUGAAGCGCAUUUUUUUUAAAGGAAAGGCUGCUCCACGCCUCUCCCUGGCGUCCACUUCUUUCAUGACUAUCUUCGCUGUGCCCACAAAGAGAAGCUGGCUUGAUACUGGGCCACAGCCCUUCUGAAUACCUUUUAUCGAGUUGAAAAAAGUGACCUCUGCAAACGUUUAGUCCAGUGGCGUCCCGUAGUAUUCUCCAUUAGCUUCAGGCGUCGAGAGAAAUGCUUUUCUGUCAAUGAGCGCCAUAGUCAUCCUGAGCGGCUAGGCUGUCUGCGUGGUUUCAGUGGUCCAGUUCAAGCAUCUAUCAAAUCAGUAUUUUAUCCUGCUAUGCUCUCCCGGCGGUUUUCCGAAACUCCAUUUCGGCAGCGGUCAGUCGAGGGACUUAUGCUCGCGGUGCUGUUACUGCUAGCAUCAACAUGGCUGGCACAAGCUUCAUCAGCAGUGCAUGCAUCAACGGAUGUUUCAAGCGUCGACAGACUGGAGACCGCGAUGUCAACGUCGACAACUGCUUUUCCGAAGGAUCAGGGUGUGAGUGACUACGCGCAAGUGAUGCGCAACUUGAUGUCCCGAGUUUUCGCCAACAUGCCGACGUCCCUUCGAAGAAAGUUGCUGGAAGCCGACGUCCGCCCGGAGUGCACGGCUGGCCUCUUGCGGACUUUGCGCGGCUUCCAGAACCUCGAACCAUGGGCGCUGAAAUUGUUCGAUGCCACCGGCAAGUACCCCACAGGUCUGUUCGAGGGCACUCGCGCGGAUAUUGGAGCAUUCGACGAGUGCCUCCGCACUGUAGUACGCGACGGCUAUGGGAACAUGCUGUCGCGAGGGCAGUAUUGCAACCUGAUGAUUUAUGUCACGAACGGCUCAGCCGUGGAGGAGGUGGUUCGGUCAUUCUCGGAUGUGUUGCACCCAAGGCUACAAUAUUUCAAGAACUACUUUACCUUCACGAAGCUUCCUCUGGGUCGCCUGGCAGUCUGCUCUCUAGACGACUGCAACCAACAAGACAUGCAAGCCUUGGUGGCCACGGUGACGCCGCCUUUCAUGCACCUCGAAGUGUCUGACUGCGUAACAGGGGAACCAGAACCUUGGAGUAGAAGUGCAAUUGGAAUUUGGGCAUUUUUAGGUGUUCUACUCAUCACCGUCGCAGCUUGUACCUAUGUCGACUGCUUCAUGGACCGAGAGCCGAAGGGCAAGAAAAACCGCAGUGCUCUGUUCGAAUUCGUCACGGCCUUUUCGGCGACGUCCAACACACGCAUGCUGCUCAAGGUGGCUGACAAGAAUAAGCCAGACCACUACGCCUUGCAGUUUCUGCACGGCAUGCGGUUUUACGGCAUCGUCCACAUUGCUCUCGGCCACUGCGGCUCGGUAAUGUCGGACUCGUGGUCUGGGUUGCUGAACUUGUUCCUCCUAUCAGACAGAUGGUCAUUUAUGAUCAUAACUGCUGGAUUCAGCAGCGUCGACACUUUCUUCUUUUUGAGCGGAUUCUUUCUAUGCCUUACUGUCACAAGGCAGAAGAGAAAUGGACCCAUUGUCUUCAUAAUCGGUGUGACCAGACGGCUGAUAAGGACUUGUAUUCCCCUGUUUUUCAUCAUCAUGUGCCUGUACGCGCUUCAUCCCUUCGUCACGGGUCCCAACACGAAGGCAUUCUUCCAAGACCUGCACAACGAGGUGGCCUCUCACUGGUGGUACUUGGUUCUACAGAUCCGAAAUUUCGAUACGAUCAGCGAACGAGAUGUCAUACCGCACACGUGGUACUUGUCAACGGAUUUCCAACUGUUCGUCGUCUCUCUUGUCACACUGCUGAUAUUCAAACGGCGCAGGACACUUACCGUGGGAGCAUUCGCCCUUCUAUCUCUGCUGGGCUGCAUUGCUGGAACGUGCGUCGUUGCAGUCUUUCAGCUGUCGCCGUUUAUGAUCUUCCCAGGGUCGAAUGCGGACGUCAUGCUGCGAACUCUCGACGACUACUACAUUCGGCCCUACUAUCACGCCGUGUGCUACUUCGGCGGCUGCAUGACGUACCUCGUCAUAGACGACUUCAAGGAAAGGAAAAUAUCUAAGCGGUGGCAACAGGCUGGCUGGUACGGGUCCGUGGCCUGCUGUCUGUUCUGCGUAUUUGUGAAGUUUGCCUGGUACAGAAGCCCCGAUCCCGUGUCCACGGGCGUGACACUCCUUGCGGCAUUCUUGGACCGCAUCCUCUGGACGCUCUUCCUAGCGUGGAUCACGCUCGCCUGCUCCACGGGACGGGGCGGAGCUCUUUCGAAGCUGCUCUCCUGGAACGCUUACGUGCCGCUGAGCAAGCUCUCCUUCGGCGUCUACCUCAUCCACGUACCUUUCCUCCACCUCAUGUUUCACGCGUCCAGGGAACGAAGGUUCUGGUCAGUCUUCAAUCAGCUCACGUUGCUGUUUCUGCUGCUCGUCUGGAGCUUCUUGCUCUCCUAUUUAUCUUUUCUUGUUUGCGAAGCACCGACGGCUGCUCUCGACAAGUUGUUAUUCUCCAGGAUAAUUGGAGGAGGAGGACGAAGAGGAGGAGAGAACUCGCGAAAGACACAACCUGAAAACAACCAAGGUGGUAGCGACGUGAAAGCACCGGAGAAUGCAGAAGACAAUGUCUUCUCUCGCUGCUAAGCGGACAAGUCGGAGACGUGACGUCAGGUUCUCCAAUCACUGCGAGCCUCUAUUCCUGCUCGGAAUAUUGUGAACUGGCAAGCACGUGAUGUCGUAAACGGAAGCAAGCGAAACGGUGAACAUAUUCCUCGUCAUCAGCCAUUUAUUACCGCUAUUGAGCAGGUGACUUUGGCGCAAACACUGCUGAGGCCGAGGUUACGGGUCGUACUGCCACCUUGUUGUGAGGCGAUGGUAGAUAGCCAAGGUGUCUAGGCUGUGUUGUUUUUUUUUGUUUUUUUUUUCAGAAAAGGAGGAGGAGUUGGCUGUGCUUCUGUUGCUUAGGUAAUACAAAGUACGUGCCUUGGUAGUGUUCACUGAAACUGUUGCUGGAAAUCAGGCAACAAAGUGAAUAAUCAUGCAUGAUUUUGCCGACGUAGUGAACUAUAUUUUUGCCAGUAUCUUUUUAUUUAUCAGCGGUAGAACACAGUGCUGGUUUGUGUGACAAUG